CAUGGCGGCCAUGGCGGGCGCGGAGGCGGGCGGGGGUCCGGCCGGCCCCGGGCUCUCGGAGCCCCGCGGCUCCUCAGAAAUUACUUCCUUGAAAGAAGACAAUUUUCCUUAUUCCAGGAUGUUCCCCGUAGAUAGAAGACUUCUAAAUUUACAGAUCUACAAACUUCUUCAGUGCGUUCACCAGAAAGACAAGAAACAAAUAGAAAAGCUGGUCCAGAAGGGAUUCCCAAACCUCAUCAAUUACACAGAGCCUAAGGAAGGAUACAGUGCCUUUCACUUGGCCUCCAUGAAAAAUGACACUGAAAUGUGCCGCUUCCUGCUGGAACAGGGAGCUCAUCCCAAUGUCCACGACGCCAUGGGACGCACUCCAGCCAUGAGGGCAGCUGAGCUGGGCCACGAGGUGGUUUUGGAGUUAUUAGCAAAAGCUAAUGCAGACAUGACUGCUGUGGAUAAUGAAGGGAAAGGUAUUUUGUUCUACUGCCUUUCACCUACAAGGCGGCACUUCCACUGCAUGCAGAUUGCCCUGGAACACGGUGCAGAUGUGAACAACUGCACCACUGAGGGGAGGUCUGUGCUGCUGCAAGCCUGUGAGCAAGCUCAUGAGAUUAAAGAAAUGUGCCUGGCUUUCCUGGAGAGAGGAGCGAGUCCCCAUGCAAGAGACCCGGCCACGGGUCGCACGGCUGUGAUGGAGGCUGCAAGGGAAGGUGUCGUUGAGGUGGUGCGUGCUCUGCUGGCCAGAGGAGCUGAUGUGAACCUGUUUGACUUUGAAAGACACAGUGCUGCACAUUUUGCAGCUAAAGGAGGCUUUUUUGAGAUCCUGAAGUCUAUUUCAGCUUAUAAUGGAGACUUGAAACUGAUUGCCAUGAAUGGCAACACGCCACUUCACUACGCCGCAGAGGGAGGAUUUGCAGAUUGCUGCAAGUAUAUAGGACAGAGAGGCUGUGAUCCUACGUGGAAAAACCUGUUACAUCAGACCCCACGAGAGGCUGCCAAGAACGCCGGUUUCAAAGCAGCAGUAACAGUUUUGCGUAAAAUUGAAAAGGGCUUUAAGAAAACGUUGUCCCCCGACCAAGAGGCCUCUGUCUGGUACCUCAGGCUGUACGACUGGUCCCUGGAGCACGAGGAGUCCCUCCGCAAGGAGUUUGAGACUCUCCUCCAAGAAGAUGGGAUGGUAGCCAGAGCUGACUUUGUAGCUGUUAUUCAGAAGCGGUGGGGCCUGAUGGGCGCUGAAGAAAUGGAAGCGAUUGCCAAAAUGCAUGAAGUGCCCCCUGACAGGAUCGACCUCGACGAGUUUUUUAAAGGCUCCAAAUACCUGGAGAAAAACUUUCUCAUGUCGUCCUUUGGGCCCAAAGCGAAGAAGCAGAAGAAAGGGGCGAAAGCAAAAGGCAAAAAAGGCCUCCCUGUGCCUGUCUGUGUCAUUCCAAAGAGGGAAUAUCCACGUGGGGAAGAGGGCUUGCCUGUGUACCUGGUUGAGGCUUUUCCAAACAUUCCCGCUGAGGAGAGAUUUAAACGGGACCACCCCUCUGCCCACCCCGUGCACGACGACCGUGUGUGGUACCUGGAGGAGCCAAGGAAAACGUACAUGGAUAUUAAUUACCUCGUCAGGGCAGGAGACAUCGUGUCCCUGCAGAAGGCAUUUGAGGAGGGUGUGCCAGUAGACAUAAAAGACAGAUAUUACAAAACACCUUUGAUGGUUGCGUGUGCUAGUGGGAACAUGGUCCUUGUGCAGCUUCUUCUGGAAAAGGGGGCUGAUGUAAACAUGACAGACAAUUUCCUGUGGACUCCUCUGCAUCACGCUUGCUCUAACGGACACCUGGAUAUUGCUGAGGUGCUGGUGGAGGCUGGAGCAGCAGUGGAUGCCCUUGGAAUAGGCAAUACCACCCCACUGAUGAGAGCCAUCGAGGCCUGCAGGCUGGACAUCGUCUACUUUUUAAUCACUAGAGGUGCCAACAUCCAAAUCACAAACAGCAAUGGAAAGAAUGCUCUUGAUAUUGCCAAAGUAUUUGACGAUCCUAAAAUAAUUGAUCUGCUCCAAAAUCUUCUGGAUAAUUUGGCAGAACCAGAAGAAGAAGCAAAGGCGGCAAAAGGUGGGAAGCCAAAGUCACCAGAGAAAAAAGAGUCUCCAGAGGUAUCUCUGCCAGCUGUAGAAAAACCUCUUCCUGAAGUGACACUGCGUUCCCGAAAGGCCAGUACUCGGAAGCCCUUGGUAACAAAAGAGAGGAACAAAGAUGACAUCAGCUUCAAACCCAGAAAACUCUGGAGCCCUGAUGCUGCAACACUGGAGCUUGUAAAAAAGCAAGAAUUCCUCCGCGAACGCGCUGCUAUUUGUGGUCACUUAGAAGGCUUUACAACGCUCUUUAACAGAAAAUUUAAGGAUUAAGCCCACCAGCUGGAAGAAGCUACUUCAGCAUGUAUUUUUAGGAGACAAAGAUCUAAAAGGUUACUCCUCUGCAGGGAAGGAAUCAUGUGGUGCUCAGUAAAUAUGUCUCGGUUACGAUAAAAGAAAAGCAUAUCAAGCUUUUCCUCUA